AUGAGUUUUAGUCAAAGUGUUUAUCUAAAUAAAAAGAAAUAUAUAAGAGGAAAAAUAUUUCUACAAAAAAAUAAGUAUCAUCACAAUCGCAAUAGAUAUUUAAAUUCAAAUAAAUUUAUUUCAACAAAUUUUAGGAAUAUCAAUAGCAAUAUAAUAUUAAGUGAAAAACAAAAUAGCAUAAAAAAUCAUUUUAUAAAUAAAAGAAGUAAUAAAUUGGGAGUUAAAAAUAUGAAUCUUUAUGAUGAAAUAUCUGAAGAUUUUUCUCAAUCAACAAUAGAUAGCUAUAAAGCAGCAGGUUUUUUCUUAAUUAAAACAAAUAUAGAUUUAUAUAACUUGAAUAAAAAAACCAAUAUAAAUAAUAUAAAUGUACAAAUAUUAUUGGGUUAUGAUCCUAUAAAAAAAAAGAAAAAUCAAAAUGAUGACACUUUAUAUAAAGAAAAAAAUAAAGUAAAAGCUGAAUUGAAUAUAUUAGGAGGUAAAAAAGAUUCCACUGAAUUUCAUCCUUCCCUUACAGCUUAUAGAGAAUUUAGUGAAGAAAAUUUAUAUAUUUAUAACAUGUUCUUAUCAUAUUUUAGUUUUAUACAUUACGUAAUGAAGAAUAUAACGGACACUGAUGAAUUAAAAAAUGCAGAAAAAUAUGAAGAUUUUCUAAAAAUUAAUUAUUUGAGAGAUAUAAAUAACUUACCUCAAAAAGAAAAAGAAAGAAUUAUAAAUUUACAUAGUAAAAACCUUAUACUAUUUUUUAGAGAAAAAUGUUUAAAUAUAAAAGAAAAUUACGAUAUUAUAUAUAAAAGUUCAUAUCCCCCUUCUUAUAAUAACAAAAAAAAUGAAACAUUAGAAAUAAUUCAUGAACAAAUUAAUAUGUAUAAAAAAGUACAAAAUACUAAUAAAGGAAAUUUUAAAUUAUAUUAUAAGAAAGGGAAAUAUAGUUUACAUUUUUAUAAUGUCAUUCAAUAUAAUUGUUCUAAUAUAUUACAUUAUUUAAAUAAUUUUUUCUGGGAUAAUUACACUAAUUUUUUUUCAAUUAUUGUAAAAGAAAAUUAUGAUUAUUUAAAGAAAUGUCGUAUUGAUUCAGGUGAAUAUGAAUCUUCUUCAUUUAAAUCAAGAGAUUUAAUGGAAAUUACUUAUGAGAAAAUUUAUGAAGAUUUAAUGUGUGUUAAGGAUUUUUGUGAGUCCAAAUGUAAAAAUAAAGAUGAAAAUUUUUUUCAAUUUUCUUCAGAAAAAAAAAAAAUAAAAAUUGAUUCAGGUUAUAUGAAUAAUUUGAAAUGGUUAGAUAUUUCACUCAUUCUACAUUUUAUUGUAAAAGAAUUUUAUUAUUUAUCUAUUAUAUCUUCUACAUUGUGGGAUUUAUAUACUAAAAUAAUAUAUUGUUAUCAUAAAGGAACAAAUAAUUCUCACUCCAUAUUAAUAAAUAAUAAUAAUAUACAUCUUUCUGCAGAAAUAAUAUCUAAAGUUUAUAAUUUAUAUAAAAAUUUUGAUGGAGAAUUAAGAAAAUUUUUCCAAAAUGAUAAACCUGAUAGUUUUUUUUUGCUGUUAUUUUCUCCUUUUAAUACUAAAUUAAAUCAUGAAAAUGUAAAUUACAUAAAUUUUAACUAUUAUAAUUUAAGAAUGAGAAGAUUUUUUCGUGAUUUAAUUCUUUCUGAAAACUUUUGGAUUUUUCUAUUCUUAAAUUUGAUAGGAAGUAUACCAUUUUAA